AUGGCACCGGAGAAGUUCUGUUUCAAGUGGAAAAGACACGAGGCUGCGGAUGCGAGUGCCGCCGCACAGCAGCACCUCUGCGAGGCGGAUGUUAUGCUUCUGUGCGAGGGCAAGUCCGUUAAGGCACACAAGACAGUGCUGACAGCGAACAGUACUUUCUUCAGAGAGCAUUUCGCAGACGAUCCCGACAGCGGCACUGUGGUCAUACCGAAGGACGUGAGCUUCGCUGAUUUGACGACGCUGAUAGAGUCUAUGUAUUUCGGCGAAGUGAUUCUGGGCAAGCACCAGUUAUUUGCGCUGCUCAAGGCUGCCGACACGUUGAAGGUGUACGGACGAUGUACGUUCACCCUGGACAAGAGGGUGAACGAAGUGCCUGUGGAUUCAAGUGACCGAGUGCGGCCUUUCAUGACUUGCGAAGGACCUGAACUACCGCAGAACUCUCCGGCGCGCGAAACCAGCCUAAAGGAAAGGGACGCCUCCAUCGAUCAGCCCUCGACGUUUGCUUCAGGCUUCGUGCAGUGUGGAGCCACGGAUAAUGUGCAGGAUUCAAGCCUACAGUUUGCCACUGCACACGAUUUUCGGGUUGCACCCACUCCUAUGUCCGAGACCAGCGUUGAGCAGAUGAAUGCCUGCACCAACAAAGCCUGGUUGCCUGGAUCAGCGGUCGUGGAAUCCAACGCCGCAAAGAAUCCAGAGUAUUCAAAACAAGAGCUGUUUCCAGUAAUGGCCCGUCCGAUUACGUCUACCUAUAAGGAGAUAUCCGGAACUUCGUCACCUUCUUUGGACGCCGUGCCGUCUGAAAGCCUCGAUUCUCUCGCCUGUGGCUCGAAACUCCACACCGGCUUGUAUCAAGUACCGGAGGCGGCGAACUUUGUGGAAGGCGCUGAAGUUGGACAUCCCCUCACGGGCGUUGAGGUCUCCGACACAGUGGCUGUAGCAUCAGACAUGCCCGAUGCAGGUGGUGACACCAUGCAGCAAGCGAGCGAUGCGGGCUCGCAACAGCCAGCGCCAGGUCCCGAUUCAGCACCGUUGUCUUCAUACGAGGAUGGUUCAAGCUCUGGCGCGAACCUUCUUCGUCUCAGCAAAACGACUCGAAAGCGCGCCGCUUCAGCAAGCAAUGCCCAAGCGACUUCUGGUAAAGCCCGCACAGAGGAGGCAUCAUGGAGCGGACCGAUGACAAGAAGCAGAGCGGCUCGGCUGGCGAAGCAAUAA